AUGGAUCCUCUCAGCGCUGUUGGCCUUGCUGGCAAUGUCGUGCAGCUGCUAGACUUUGGAAUCAGGCUGGCAGCUAAAGCGCACGAAAUAUACGUCUCUGCCGAAGGAGUACAGGUGCACAAUCUCGAGUUGGAUGCUAUUACCCAGAAUUUGGUCACCUUGAAUAGGCGGACUCAAAAUCGAUCCCGCAAAGUCUGUGCCUAUGCUACUUCCGAGGACGAGAAAGCGUUACAGGACUUAACGGAACGCUGCAAUGAGAUUGGGGAGGAACUAAUAAAGGCUCUGCAAGCUGCAAAAGUGCAGGGAGCUCAUAAACACUGGAAAAGUGUUAGACAGGCACUGAAAAGCACCAUGGGUAGAGAUAAGAUUGAGGACUUAUACAGUAGACUCAAGCAAUACCGCGAACAGAUUGUCGUUGUCUUGCUUGUGAUUACCAGUGCCAAACAGACCGCCCUAGGCGAAAAUGUGGAUGCCGUGAGGCACGGUAUCGUGGAUUCUGAGUCGAGAAUUCUCGACGAGACACGGCAGAGUCGUUUCCAAAUUCUCGACGCCAUCCGGCGCUCAAACUACAACCCCUCGAAGCAAGAAGAUAUAUCGACAGUCUCACGGUUACUAUCGGAGAUGGUCUUGCGGGGCUCAGAACAGAAGUUCAAGGAAGAAAUCCUUGAUAGUCUGUACUUUCCGAAUAUGCAAGACAGACGUGAAUGGAUUUCCAGCGCUCAUAAAAAGACAUUCAAUUGGACGCUGGAGGAAAAAGCUGGCGAAAACGUUCCCUGGGAUAGCCUGAAGGACUGGCUGUGCAAGGGAGACGGUAUAUAUUGGUUGAGUGGAAAGGCUGGAUCAGGAAAAUCCACGCUGAUGAAAUACAUCGACCAGGACAAACGAACUUUGGAAUAUCUAAAGAUGUGGGCAUCGCCACAGAGUAUCGUAUUUACGAGUUUCUACUUUUGGAAUCCGGGCACGUCAAUGCAAAAAUCGCAGUUGGGGCUGUUACAGAGCUUACUCCACAAAAUCCUGUCAAGAAGACCAGAACUCAUCCCCAAAAUCUUUCCGUCUCUAUCAGAGUACUACAGCACACAUGGGAAAGCGAAUUUCUCCUGGGCAAUCUCAGACCUAAUUAGUGCGUUCAAGCUACUUGUAAACAUCACAUUCGAAGCCAGGUUUUGUUUCCUCAUCGAUGGCCUUGACGAAUUUGAUGGGGAUCAUCGGACCCUCAUCGACAUGCUUGUUAGUAUGACCGGGAGUCACAGCAUCAAAAUACUCGCUGCGAGCCGCCCGUGGCUUCUUUUCAAGGAUGCCUUUCAGAAUUGUCCGAAAUUAACCCUGCAGGAUUUGACUCACGAUGAUAUCAAGAUUUUUGCCCAGGACUCGUUAUACAACCACCCAAGGUUUUCAAGGGCGUUGGUUAUGGAACCACAGCGUGCUCCCAAACUUGUGUCUGACAUUGUGAACAAGGCGUCCGGUGUAUUCCUCUGGGUCUACCUCGUGGUGAGGUCGCUAAUGGACGGCCUGACAAAUGCCGACCGGAUGGAUGAUCUCCAAAGAAGAUUGGACCAGCUCCCUGCCGACCUCGAGCAGUUCUUUUCCCAUAUCCUAACCAGCUUGGACUCAUUCUACCUCAAACAGGCCUCUCAGCUCUUUCGUCUGGCACUUGAGGCCCCAAAGCCUCUGGCUGUUUUAACAUUCUCCUACCUGGAUGAGUCCGACCCAGAUUUUGCAAUAAAAGGACCGAUAAAAGCGAUGUCGAUCGAGGAAGAGACUAUUCGAUGCGAAGAAAUUGAGCGGAGACUCAAUAGCAGGUGUAAAGGGCUAUUGGAGUCUCGCCGUCGAAGAAGUUGCGAUGAAUAUUCCAAUACUGAAGGAGUGGUUGCCGAGGUAGUCUCUUACGAGGUCGAUUUCUUGCACAGGACUGUCCGCGACUUCUUGCGCACUCCAACGGUAGAGGUUCAGCUUGUCGCGGUGGACAAUGCUGAAUUUGAUGCAAACAUGACGUUGGCUCGGGCGUAUGUGGCUCGGAUCAAAGGUCUCCGGCACUCGUCACAUUCAGAGGCCAACUUCCAGGCCUUGUGGGAUCUUGUGUUCAACAUGAUGUACCACGUUAGUCGCACGGGGGAUGGCAUAUCUCAAAAGGCCCAAGCUGACCUUCUAGAUGAGAUGGACAGGGCCGCUGCACACUUUCGAGAAGCUGCUAUUGUCAAAAGACGAUGCGAUCCCGCGGCGCACUGGGUGAAUACGGGUUAUCGAUUUGGCUUUGAACCGCAGUGGAACAAUGAUUUUAUUAGCCUUUGUGUUCAAUAUGGGCUAAUCUCUUAUAUCGAGCAGAAACUGUCUUCAGGGGUUUCACUAACCCGUGCAGGCAAGCCCUUCCUGGCCUUCGCGAUGACAAGCACGAAAGGUACGGGAGGCACCUCGAGCGGGCAGCUCGGAGGCAUCCAUUACUUAGAACCCAGAGUAAAAAUGGUACAGUUCCUGCUCGAAAGGGGCUCCACUCCCAGUGAUGUGGACAAGGGCGAAACAGUGUGGGCCCGUUUCAUAGUUUCCAUGCACUUCCUCACGAUCAAGGCUAAGCUCCAGUUCUCCGAACAAGCCAAAUCUUGGUUCGAGAUUGCGAAAUUAAUGCUGCUUCGAGGGGCAGAUCCACAAAUGAUAUGUCCUGUCAACGCCCAACCUGGAAAGCCAAUCGAAAUAUCAACCAUGGGGCAAACAACGGCCAUGGACGUUCUUUUCACGAUCUUCGGCGCAGACACCAGGUUCGAUGUAUCCGAACUCGAGGAUUUGGUAGAGCAACCCCAAAGGCCUCCACAAUCCCGCAACGCGAACGACUCGUAUCUCCAGGUCCCAGGAAACCAGCAAGGGGUAAAUGUUUGGCGAGCCCAUUCUUCGUCGUCGUCCAUUUCGAGUAUUAGCGGACAAUCUGCAAUGCUCCCCAGUCUCCCAGCGGUAUAUUACUCGAAUACACAGUUAGCGGGAUAUUCACAAGCAGGCAACGGUGGCACACCAGCGGCCUUCCCGCCGGUUGUCGAGGCGCCAGAUAUGAUGGCGCAUGUACAAGUGCACGAGAGAGGCGCUCUUUCGACCCCUCCAAGAAAGAAGCGGCACUCGCGGCUAUCAAGCUUGUUCGCGAAGAUAUUGCCAAGGGAGAAAACGCCUCCCCGUUCCCCUUCGGCCCCAGAUACUCGUCAUUGCCAAGGAACUUGA